AUGCUCACCACCACUACCACCACCAACUACAACAACCCCGAGAACAGAGGCCACCGCUCAUCAGAUAUGCCCAGGACACACUGGAUCAGUCCUGCCUUUAUAGGCACCUACUCUGCAAUGGGAUUCACGUUCAUGGGCACGCUUGGUGGAUUUGCCCUAUUCGCUCCAUUGCAAAACGACAUCAACAAUGACCUUGGGCCGAGUUCGAAUAUCGAGUAUGCGCCUCUACUGAACGUCAUAUUAUCUGCCAUCUCCAUCCAGAUUGUCGGCCGGAUGAGCGAUAUUUUCGGAAGACGGUGGUUUUUUAUUAUUGGCACUGGAAUUGGUUUACUUGCUUCCAUUCUUGGCGCCACAGCACACUCGAUCACACAGAUCAUUGUUUCACAAGCUCUCUUUGGCAUCUCGCUGGGCAUUGGGGAUUCUUUUUUCUGGGUUGUGAGUGAGAUAGUACCGAUGAAGUGGCGAUACCUGGCGGUUUCCGGCCAGUAUAUCUACACUUUUCCGGGAAAUCCACUGGCGGCCAAGGUGGCUGUCGCGUUCCAGACGCAAACAAAUACCCACUGGCGAGGUUGCUUUUAUUUUCUUAUUGGUGUCAACACCGCAGCUAUCCUCCUAUGGUAUUUCUUUUACCACCCACCAACGUUUGAAACACUGCACCGCGGAACACAGAUGAAGGACUUAUUAAGGCACUUUGACUGGCUUGGGCUGCUUCUUUAUUCCGCCGCACUGGUCGUCUUUCUCCUAGGUCUGACCUGGGGGGGAGGCACGUACGCCUGGAAUAGCCCCCAAGUUCUUGCGUGCCUUAUUUGCGGAGGGGCGCUUUUCCUUCUAUUUGGCUUGUGGGAAAUAUAUUUGCCCUUUCCCGCUACAGAGCCAUUCCUCCCCCUUUAUCUCUUCAGGAGCAUGAAGUUCCAGUCAUGCGUGUGGCUUGGUGCCAUUGGUGGCGCCGCCUACUACGGCUUUAGUCUAGUCUGGCCUGAUGCUGUUCGAACACUCUACACGGAUCUGAGUGCUGACAAACAGGGCACGCUGUCCAGCGUUGCGAUCCUGUGCUUUACACUUGGUCAGAUGAUAAGUGGUCCAAUUGCAACAUGCUUGGGCUCAAAAAUGGGUGCGAUAUCCGCUUCUAUCAUUGCUGCUCCGAUGCUGGCCGCCGCGGCUGCGGAUCCACUCAAUAGGCAGCUCACCCUGGGCCUUGUAGCGACGGGGUGUCUGUUUAUUGGUGUACUAGAAGGCGUGAGUCUGAUUGCCUCGACCUUUCCGCUGAAAACGCAAGGCGAGAUUGGCACUGCAGGAGGGCUGGUUGGCACUACUCGCCAGUUUCUCGGGUCAGUUGCCACGGCCGUCUUCACGACAGUUCUGAGGAAUCGCGAGGCGACCACAAUCCCACAGUAUGUCAAUCCAUCUGUAAUUGAGGCAGGGCUUCCACCGUCAUCGAUCGCUGCACUUAUCUCUGGUCUGAACGGUGCUACUCCGCUGAAUAACGAAACCGUGCCUGGAUACAAUAGCACUAUUGCCGAAAUCGCGGACAGUUCCUGGAAGACGGCGCAUGCCCAGUCUUACAAGACAGUGUUUUACGUCAGUUUCGGGUUUUUCGCGGCGGCGUUGAUUCUUUCCUGGUUUGUUCCAACGUUCGAUCGCGACAAGGAGGACUUCGUGGCUGGAGAGGUCCAGCGGACAACGCAGGAAGCACCCACUGACCCCAAGGAAUAA